GGGGGGAAUAGUGCCCCAUCGUUGGUGUCAGGGGGGGGAGGAAUAGUGCCCCCAUCGUUGGUGUCAGUGGGGGGGGGAAUAGUGCCCCAUCGUUGUGUCAGUGGGGGGGGGAAUAGUGCCCCAUCAUUGGUGUCAGUGUUGGUGGGGGGAGGAAUAGUGCCCCAUCGUUGGUGUCAGUGGGGGGAGGAAUAGCGCCCCAUCGUUGGUGUCAGUGGGGGGAGGAAUAGCGCCCCAUCGUUGGUGUCAGUGGGGGGAGGAAUAGUGCCCCAUCGUUGUGUCAGUUGGGGGAGGAAUAGUGCCCCAUCAU